AUGAACUUCAAGCUAUCUGCCCUAACUGCUCUAAUCGCUGCCUCCGUUGCCACUGCUGCCACUACCACCAUUACUCCAUACGAACUUGCUGAAAUUGAAGGUAUUAUGGAAGAUGCUAAGGCUCAUCUAUUCUCCUACAUGUUGCUAGUCAGUUCUGGUAAGAUCACUUUAGCUGAACUACCAGCUGGUGUUGUUGAUGUUGCUAUGGCUGUUAUCAACGGUGAUGAAGGUUACACUUCUUUGUUCACUGAAGUUGAUUUCGCUGGUGUCUCUUCCAUGGUUACUGAAUUACCAUGGUACUCUACCAGACUUCUACCAGAAAUCAACUCCAUUUACUCCAAGGAACUUGCUUCUUCUACUUUGUUAUGA